CAUGAAGCAGACGAGAGCAGGAGCAGAAGUUCAAAAUGUCUUUUCCAUUCAUAUCAACAUUGCAGUUGGAGUCUGCUGCUACCUACGACCACGGCUAUUUGCACGCAACUAAAAUCCCCGGUGCUUCGGGGACGACAGGCUGAACCAUUAACUACUGUCAUGGUGGACACAAUUCUGUUGGGGCAACCAUGCCCUAAAACCCUUCAACUUGAUCAAUCAUGUCUUGAAGUUUAUUCUACUAUUCCUCAUCAAAUUGAUCUGUGGCACCAGUACAUUGAUUGUUAUCUAUGUAAUGCCACACAUUGGACCACUAUCCCUCCAAAUGGAACUGCUGCGCUACUCAUGAAUUCAGCUCUUUCAAGCUACUUUUAUUACACAAAUGAGCUGGGUCAUAAAUACUGCAACACUACGGUUUCUUUUGAUGAACAUGCUACUUAUGGAUGGAAUAUAUCAGAAGCCAGUAGCUGUUCUAGUGUCAAGAAAAUCAGUAACCCCUCUACUCAUCCUCAUUUGCCUUUUGUUGUGGCAUUCCUUGUCUAUGGAAUUGGUGCCGUUCUUUGGUCAGUUGCAAGAUGUGUUUACCGGCAAGAGUGGUCAGCUAGGGUAUGGUUACUAAAUGUCACCUUCUCUGAACUUGAAAAUAGGGUAACCACAAACUCUCCAAGACUAUCUUGUAAGAGCUCCACUGCGAGAUUUCGUCUGAAUGCUGUGAAAGCAUCUCAGAAUAGGGAUCUGGGAUCACCACAGACUCGGGAAAUUUCUCCAGCUAUGUCUCGCUUGGGGAGUACAAGGAGGCAAAUAAACUCACGUGUUAAAUCCUUGGAUACCUUUCGUGGUAUUUGCAUUGCUAUGAUGAUAUUUGUGAACUAUGGUGGAGGUCAAUAUAGAUUCUUUCGCCAUACACCCUGGAAUGGCAUGAAUAUUGCCGAUGUUAUAUUUCCAUGGUUUUUGUGGGUUAUGGGAAUGUCCCUUGUGUUGUCGUUGAGAUCUCAACUCCGAAGUGAUCGUUCUCGUUUCUCGGUCUGGAUUACUGCUUUACGUAGAUCAGUAAUGCUUGUUCUGCUUGGGCUCCUACUAAAUUCUUUUGGCCAUCUCCACAACGACUUGUCAAAUUUUCGUUUUGGAGGAGUUCUACAAAGACUUGGAGCAAGUUUUUUCAUUAUUUCAUCAGUUGAAACCAUUUUUAUGAACUUGCAAGGCCCAUCUCAAUAUGGGCUUCUCUCAGACUUUUGGGAUGGCUGGGCACAAUGGGUGUGUGCUCUGGCCUUUGCUGGAACAUGGAUGCUUAUUACAUUUUUAGUAGAUGUUCCAAACUGUGGGCCUGGGUAUGUCGGUCCAGGUGGACUGCACAAAUUUGGUAAAUUUGAAAAUUGCACUGGAGGUGCUUCAGGUUAUCUUGACAGAAUGAUCUUGCACCCUAAUCACAUGUAUCAGAAUCCCACUUGCAAGAAACUAUAUCAGUCCACCCAACCAUAUGACCCAGAGGGAUUACUUGGAACAUUGACAGCUGCAUUUUUAGUUCAUCUUGGUGUUCAUGCAAGCAGAAUUAUGCUGUGUUAUGAUUACUCCAAACGCCGUAUUGCUCGUUGGUUAUUUUGGGGAGUUGUUGCUGUAAUGACUGGAUUAAUGCUCUGUGGUUUCUCAAAAGAAACCGGCCAUAUUCCAAUCAACAAAAAUCUGUUUUCUCUCUCUUUUGUGUUGGUAACUGGAGGAUCAGCCUAUUUGGUUUUUGCUGCCUUGUAUUUCUUGAUCGAUGUUCGCAACUGGUGGUCUGGUGCUCCAUUUAACUAUGCAGGUAUGAAUUCAAUAGUUCUAUUUGUUGGACAUGAAAUCACAAGAAAUAUGUUUCCAUGGAGUUGGAAACCUUACUGGGGAACUCAUGGAGAGUAUCUUGGAAUGAAUCUAUGGGGAACAACUCUCUGGAUAAUUAUUGCUUUCUACCUAUUCAAGAGGAACAUUUUUGUUACAAUCUGAAAUAUUUCCAAUGUAGUCAAAUGACAUAUCUGUCUUAAUUAUUUGAGUACAGUUAUUGGUGCAGCAGUUCUCAUUAUAUUAGUCAAAAGACCGUAAAGUGGGUACAAUACACUAUUGAGGUUGUUUGACUUCUUCAUACCAAUGAAUUUAAUGACUUUACAGGAUUGCAGGAUUAUUAACUCAUUUAGUAAGUCACUGAGAUGACUAAAAUUAAAAUGUUUUAGAUUAGAUUAGAUUCUUUGAAAAAAAUGAAUAGGAUGGACAAAUGUGAGAUGUAGUACUGUAUUGCCUGAGAGAUUUUAGACUGUUUACACAGCGAAGUAAUGUUUGCAUAGGUAUGGUAAUGGACUGUGACAACAAAAAUGUAUUUCUUAUCUUGCCUGUAUUUUACAUACAGGUUUAUAGAUGUAAAAAUAAUUUUGACAGAGCAGUAAUCUAAAUUUGGGCUGAGACACAUUUUAUUGCAUGUUCUUACCUUAUGGUAAUGUUAUCUAUUCAAAUAUUUAAUUUGUAUUCUUUACACAUUUCAAAAAAUGCAAGUUAAAUUAUGUCAGUUGCAAAUUUGAUUUGACUGCAAUUUCAUAUUUCGAUUGUUCAGUGCAUGCUAUUAUGCUGCAUGUUUGUGUUAUGUUUGACAGACUGUUAUUCUUAUUGUGGUUGUGCACCAUAACAUUUGUGAUAAAGCUUUAGAUUAAGAUUAUUUUAUUUUAUUUGACUUAUUAAUGUUCUUUGGAUUUUUUUCUCUCUAACCAUUGACCAAUAUGUGUGCUUCCACUUACUCUAGAACCUUACUAUUUUUUUAGUCUACUUAAAAUUAAAGCCCAGUAACCAUUAGCAUUAAAACAUGGGAAAGGUAUAUUUGUCAUGAUAAUUUUUGUUGUUUACAAUUAUACCAGAGAUUUUAUUGUAAUGAUGUACUACUUAUAUCAUGUGUCAAUAUUUUUCUGCUUUGAAAAGUUACUUUGUAUUCCUCCCCAUCAGUAGUUUUGCUCAACUUUUAUACAUUAAUCUGUAUUACAAAUAAAGAUAAGAUCUAUCUAAA